UUUGGCUUCAGCUGGGCGCACCCAUGGGCUGGGCCACUCCAGGCCAUGUACGGCUUGUCGCUGGGGGAAACGGAUGAUGAGGACUUUUCUGCAGACAGUGGGUGGAUCCCAUGGUAUUGUGGCUUGAAGGGCCACGAGAUCUUUGCAGAGGUGGAGGAAGAAUAUGUUCGGGACAACUUCAACUUGUAUGGUCUGAGACAGCGCUUCCAGUUCUACGACCAUGCUCUUGAGAUGAUCCUGUCAGCAGAGGCCCCGGAGGACGAUGACCUGGCGGACCCCGAGUUCCUGGAGAUCUACAGGGACGCCAGCGACCUCUACGGUGUCAUACAUGCUCGGUACAUCGUUUCUCCCAGAGGUCUGCAGGCUAUGCGGGACAAGUACCUCAAGGGAGUCUUUGGAACAUGCCCGCGCGUGCUUUGUGACCGGCAGAACACCCUGCCCAUUGGCCUCGCAGAGGAUCUCCACGCGGCGCAGGUGAAGAUGUUUUGCCCAAAGUGCGACCAGGUCUAUGCUUGCAAGAGCAAGUUCAGGGAACUGGAUGGGGCCUGCUUCGGUACGUCCUUUCCCCAGGUAUUCUUGCAGACCUAUCCCUCUCUAGUUCCACUGGAGAUUCCAACGCCGUUCGUGCCGCGGAUCUUCGGCUUCAAACUGCACAAGCAGAAGUCCAUCAUCAAGCUCAAGGUGGAGCAGGACCAGGCCGCGCUGAAAGACUCAGGCCAGACCUGAUGAGCAAUGCGAGCUUCAGACUUCACUGCGCCAUGCUUGCCGUGGGGCUGAAUUGUAAGAAUGAGGCUGUAUCUUUAGCAACGAAAAUGAUGGACCUCCAAGAGAGAGAGUAUCUCUGGCGGGCGAUGGAAAACGAUGCGAUGUGUGCUUGAAAAAA